AUGCCCGUGGCACAGUUCGGACGCCCCGCGCCCGUCCCCGCCCAGGCCGUCCCGAGCGCCAACGACGAUGCCGAGGCGAGCCCCGAGCUCUGGGCCCAGCUCCGGCCCGACGGCAAGAGCGACCGCGUCGCCGUUGCCGUCGAGUGGCCGAAGGAACGCCGUCUCGCUGGGGCGUGUGCGCCCAACCUCGUCGUCUGGGUGCGCAAGGAGCACCUUCUUCCCUCCUGUCUCCCGACCCCUGCUUCUGUUCUCGUUCACGCCCAUACGCCAGUCAGCCUGAGCCUGGUCGUCCUCCAGCCGUGCGGGGAGUACGAGAUCGACGCCUCGGACCUGGAGCAGUUCUACCCGAAAUCCGACCUGCCGAACGGCACCGCCGACGACGACGACGAUUACGACGACUACAGCGGCGGCUACUACGGAGCGCCCACCUCAGCAGUCCGAUUCGCCGACACGAGCAAGGCGGGCACGAUUGUGCGUUCGCGCGACGUGCUGUCCCUCGGGGGCGGACGCAGCGUGCGCGUCCUCAUGACCGAGCCCGUCGCCCAGGGCCUCGUCGACAGCGACACGCGCGUCGUGCUCGCGACCCGGCCCGAGAUCCCAGAGGAGCCCGAGGAGAGCGGAUCCGUCGCGCCCUCCCACCGCUCGCUCGUGGAGGAGUUUGACCCCGACGCCUUCCUUUCCUCUUCGCUUGCGCUCAGCCUCGAGCGCGACGAGGGCGAGAACGAGGGCCUCGAGGCCGAGGUGUCCACCAACAGCGGAUCGCUCACCCCACGACCAGGCGACAGGCCGCUCUCGCCUGUUGCUGCGCCCGAUGACGUGCUCCAACUCGACGCCGAAGAGGGCGGCAUGGCCUUUGUCGCUGUCCCCAGCGCCGGACCGUCGGGCGUGGCGGGCGAGGAGGACGUGUGCUACGCUGGUGUGUGGGCCCUGGGUCGCGCGGGAGUGUUCGAGGGCGACUGGGUGCUUCUGAAGGCUGCCAAUGGCGCUCGAUCCCGCCUCUGCCGCGUCGUCGCCUGGGAGCGGCUCGACAGCGAGGACGCCGCCCUUCCGCCAAACGCGCUUCUGGUUCCUCCAUCGGUGCAGCGUGCGCUGUUCCCCUCGCCUACCGCCCGUGCCGAGGUCAUCGUCUCCCCUACCCCCUUCGGAGCGCGGGAACCCACUCUCCCAACAGCCCGGAGCAUGACGCUUGCCCGCGUCGCGACGGCCGAGGGAAUGGACAAGCGCUACGAGCGCUCGUGGAUCGUGGGCUUGAAGCGUUUCUUCGCCGGUGGCCGUCUGAUGGUUCGCCGCGGGGACGUCAUCAGUGUUCCCGUCUGGGUUGGCCGGCCCCUGCCCGAAGGCGAGGACGUGGACGACAGCUACACCGGCCGCCCAACGGCUCUCGCUUACUUUGUCGUGACUGCUAUGAACUUUGAGCCCCUCUCCAGCCUCGAGGAGGACUUUUCGUGCUCCGUCGCGAGCAAGGCGCGAGCAGGCGAACUUGGGUGCUGGGCAGAUGCCGGGCCUGGAGGCGACACGGCACUGGUGCUCGCUGGCGCUGAGCGUGCCCGUGUCACCGGCCGCGGAACCGAUCUAGUGUGGCACGGUCUGCCGGCUCCUCCGCCGCCAUUCGCCCCCUCCUCGGCUUCGACGCUGCGUGAUCUCGUCCGAUCCGCUUUCUCGUCGCUCUCGCUCGCCAAGUUCCCGCUCUCUGUGCUUGUCAAGGGUGCCCGCGGAGCCGGCAAGCGCUCCCUCGUCCACGCCGUUGGCGACGAGCUCGGCCUCAGCAUUGUCGAGGUCCCGUGCUAUGACAUUGUCGGCGACACGCCGCAAGUCACGGAAGGAACACUCCGUGCCAAGCUCGAUAAGGCUCGCGCAUGUGCCCCCGCCAUUCUCUUGCUCACGCACCUCGAGGCCUUUGCGCCUGCGUCUGGUGGUGCAUCCGCCCCGAAACCGCCUCCCGCCGUCAAGGUGCUCGAGGACAUUCUGAAGAGCGCGCGCCAAUUCGGUGCCGAGAACGGCGUGCCGCUCGUCCUUGCGGCCACGACAAGUGACAGCGAUAAGGUGCCGCGCGACAUGCUCGCUGUGUUCAAGCACGAGAUCGCCAUUGCGGCGCCGAACGCGACGGAGCGCGAGGCGAUCCUGACGACAGCGCUGGGAGACACGCCGCUCGCGCCCGACGUCAGCGUGUCGCACGUUGCGGCGCAGGCUGCGGCGCUGUCUGCCGGCGACCUGGUGUCGCUCGUCGAACGUGCGCGCGACGUGGCGCUGAAGCGUGCCGCCUCCUCGCUCUCGCCGUCCGACGCGCUCCUCGCCGGCGUGCAGCUGACGGCGGCCGACCUGACCGCCGCGCUCGGCGUCCCGAAUGUGUCCUGGGACGACGUCGGCGGUCUCGCGGCCGUGAAGCAGGAUAUCCUCGACACGGUGCAGCUGCCGCUGGAGCACCCCGAGCUCUUCGGGGACGGCAUGAAGAAGCGCAGCGGUAUCCUCCUCUACGGCCCGCCCGGUACAGGCAAAACGCUCCUCGCGAAGGCGGUCGCGACGUCGUGCGCGGCCAACUUCCUGUCCGUCAAGGGCCCAGAGCUGCUCAACAUGUACAUUGGAGAGAGUGAGGCGAACGUGCGCCGCGUAUUCGAGAAGGCGCGCGACGCGUCUCCCUGCGUCGUGUUCAUGGACGAACUCGACUCGGUCGCGCCCAAGCGCGGCCAGCAGGGCGACAGCGGUGGCGUCAUGGACCGCAUCGUGUCCCAGCUCCUGGCCGAGCUGGACGGCAUGUCCGGCGGCCGGGGCCAGGUGAUCGUCAUGGCAGCGACGAACAGGCCGGAUCUGCUCGACCCCGCCCUCCUGCGUCCGGGCCGUUUCGACCGGAUGCUCUACCUCAGUGUGCCCGAGACGCACAAGGCGCAAGCCGACGUGCUGCGCGCGCUGACGCGGAAAUUCACCCUGGAUCCAGACCUCAGCCUCGACGAGCUCUCCGAGCGCCUUCCCUUCACGUACACGGGUGCGGAUCUCUACGCCUUGUGCGCAGACGCAAUGCUGCGCGCCAUGACGCGCGCCGCGGAGGCGGUCGACGCCCACGUCGCACACCUCGACAACACCCCCAUGCCGCGCAGCUUCCCCAAGCCCCUUACGCCACAGUAUUACCUUGCGUCCAUGGCGCAGCCGGAGGAACUCGAAGUCAUUGUGCGCGAGGACGACUUUGUCGAGGCCCUCGAAAAGCUGCAGCCGAGUGUGAGCAGGGAGGAGAUGGAGCAUUACAGGCAGGUGCAGCAGCAGUUCAAGAGCUUUGAGAUUGGCCAGUAA